UUUCUCUUCGUUUCAGUUUUCAAAAAACGUGAACCGCAUACACCACAAGAUUUUCACUUCACAAAAAGUAUCCUUCGACUUCUAGUCUUCGUCUGUGAAAAUUAUACUGAUAUUAAAAAAAAAUAUAUAGACUUAAGAUGAGUGGUAAUUAUAGUGACAUUGAUCUGGACACUGCAGAAAGGCGUGCUCACCAUAAUGCUUUGGAACGCAAAAGACGUGACCAUAUCAAAGACAGCUUUUCAAGUCUUAGAGAUUCAGUUCCAUCACUACGAGGUGUAAAAGUUGUUAGCCGUGCACAGAUAUUACAAAAAUCAGCUGAUUACAUACAAUAUAUGAAGCGCAAAAAUUUAAGUCACCAGCAAGACAUUGAUAAUCUAAAGCGACAGAAUAAUAUUUUGGAAUCUCAAAUUGAAAAAUUAGAGAAAGCUAAGGCUUCUAAAAAUGUUGCUAUGGAAUCUAGUGAAUUACCUUUAUAAAUAUCAAGACUAGAAAAAUCUGAUAUAUGAGAUGGAUACUUUCAAAAAUCCAAAAAAUUAAAUAAUAAAAUUUAAAUCUCCAUCUAUGUCUAAUUUUGUAAGUAUUCAUUAUG